AUGUUGGUUGACGGUGGUGCAGGGUUGAAUCUUAUUUCCCCCAAGGUAAUCAGGAAAUUGCAAAUAUCAGAUGAAGAGCUCAAGGUUACUGGAACAUUUCAAGGGAUCAAUCCCGGCAGGAGUCGUCCAAAGGGCAAGAUCAUGCUGCCGGUGACAUUUCGAGGAGAAUUGAACUACCGGACCGAGAAGAUUGUGUUGGAUGUGGUCGAGCUUCCUUUGCCAUACAAUGGGAUUCUUGGUCGACCAUCCUUGGCAAAGUUCAUGACGGCAUCCCACUAUGCCUACAAUACCCUGAAGAUGCCAGGACCAAUGGGCGUCAUUUCCAUCCCGUUAGACAAGAAGGACGCAAUCAUAUGCGUGGAUAAGAUGUACCGGGAUGCGGUUCCUACCAAGGCCGCAUAA